AUGAUUGCUCUUCGUUUAGAGUCAAAUAAACAGCAACUUGAUUAUUUAAAAAAUAAAUCGGAUGCUGGUAUUGUCAAGCUUAAAGCUAAAAGGAAAGAAAUUGACGAUAUUAUUGACGAAAUUAAGUCUACUGAUGGUGUUUCGUUGGGAGAAAUUGUGUCCACUACCACUAACCUGGAUUGGAUUCUAUCAGAGAUGCAAUCUUUACUUACGGUUAAUCACCAUUUGAUUUUGUUGAAAGAUAUUUUGGACGAGAAAUCUUCCAAGAGUAAACAGUUGAUGGCCUCUAGAUUCUCUAUAAUGGAUGAACUUCGGAAAAAAAUGUUAGCCUGGGAGGAUCAAUUUGAUCCAGAAAUUGACAAGAAAAAGGCUCUAUGUGAAGAUUUACGGAAACAGAUUGAGGAAAAGAAGACAAUUAUACGUGAAAUGGAAAAAGAUUAUUUCAACAAGAAGGUGUUAAUUGAACAAAAAAAGAGUUUGAAAAAGGAUUUGGACAAAAAACUUGAGAAAGCUGCAGCUGCAAAUCUCACCUCAAAAUUGGCAGUAAAAGAAUUGGACACUGCCUGGCUUGCGGCUUGUCGACAACAAUCAGAACUUGAUCAACUUAUCCAGCCAUUUAACGAAACUCUUGCAAUCACCGAGAAAAGUUAUUCAGUUUUACUCAACGUUAAAGCUGAAAUCGAGCUUAGUGAAAAAAAGAUCCAAGAGCUUGAAAACGCACAUGCUGAACUUUCUAAAGAAGAAAUCGAACUUGAUGAAAGCUAUAAAAAUUAUUCCGAUCAAGCUGCCAAAUUAAGUUUAGGGAUUGAUACCAGAAAAAUGAUGUUUGAUAAAUCGAACAAUGAAACUAUGGAUUAUAUUUCCAAGUUGGCUAAACAUAUUGAAGAAGCUGAUACUAAUAUUAUGAAUGCAGAUGAAGAGACUGCGAAACUUGUUGCUGAUAACGAAAAUGAUUCAAGACGAGCUGAUUUUAUCGAAAAAGAAUUCGAGAUGUGGAAAAACAACAGGGACGAUGAUUCUGAAAGCGAUGAAGAAAGUGAACUUGAUUCUGAAAUAGCUGAUGCUCGAGCUAAGAUUAAAUUCUUGAAGGAACAAGCAUCACUUCGAGGUGCCAACUUUAAGAAAUCACAAGAUUUUCAACAAAAAAGAGAUAACGAGACACCCAUUAUGGGAACAAUUCAAACUCUUGUUGGUGAUAAAAGUCCAUUUCAAGAUGAUAGUGCCAAAAAUCUGGUGGUAAAAGAGCGAAUUGAGCUGAGUGACGAAAAGAACCAUUCUCAGGUCUAUGAGAAUGUAAGUACCGAAGAAGAUAAAAAAGAGAAUCUUGAUAAUCCUGUUCAAAAUACAAGUCAGCCAAUCUCCAACUCUCAAUCCAAAUGUGAGCCAUUAACUGAGAUAUCUGAAUCCAUAUUAUCUCAAAACAAUGAGCAAAAUAGUCUCUUGGUGACCCCAACCCAAAAUGAAAGUCUAAAGGAUUCACAACCAUUAACCAUUGGACUAGAUGAUGAUUGCUUCACUCAAAGUCAAUAUUUUGUUCCUGAAAAAAUGGAAGCGACUCCAAUUAAAGAUAAAACACCAAAGGUAUCACAAAGCACUCAGGAAAAGAAAAGAGAAUCGAGUGAUGAUUUGACUUUUCAAAAGUCUUUAAAAAAAGAUGAAGGUCAUCUCAGCCCAAAAAGUGGUGAUUCUGAUACAGACCAGUCUUUGGAAACAUUGGGUCUUGUUGUUAAACAGGAAAAUCCAACUACUAAGAAGAUGACUACUUUUUACAUGCGCCCACAAUUGACACCCAUCAAGUCGGAUUAUUCAAAAGCCUCAACCAGUUCUAUGGUGGAUGCUUAUUUUGACAUUAUGGGAUCAAAUUAA